ACCCCAGCACUGCUUGUGUUACUCUGAAAUUAUGCAGCCAUCAUUUGUACCAGUCUUUUGAAUAAGACCAGACAAACUAAACACAUGAUUGCCAAAUACUGAUGGGCAUUCCAGCAAUUCCAGCACUGACAAGGACACAGUGAACCAAGAGAAGUCUUACUGCAUCUGGACUCAUGGAUUCAGAACUUGUCCACUGUUUGAUGAUCCAGUAUUUGAGCUGCUUUGUAGCAUCUGGGUUCGGACUUUUGCUGGAGUUUAACUGCUGAAGGUAAUGGCCACGCCUCCUACUCUGAGAUAAAGCAGCAUUUGAUUCAUCAGAGAGACAUUUCUUCUGUGUCUCUGAUACAGCGAUGGGUCAGUUUGGAGUUAAUCCUCUGUUGCUCAUGUGUGUGCUGUCAGUGAGUUUGAGCUCUCAGGCUGAUUUAACUGUAGAAGCAGAACCUGGUGAUGGUGUCACUCUCUGGUGCCCACACAAGCUGACCCGAUCAGAAUAUAUAUUCUGGUAUAAACAAGGGAACAGUUCUGUACCAGUUCUUCUUGGCUGCAAACAGUUUAUGCCCUCAAGCCAACCAGAAAAGUGUUAUUUCUUCACUGAAAAUGAUCGAAUGGUGAUGAAUGUAAGCACCAAGAACACGUCUCUCAGAAUAAGCACAGUGAAUCAGUCUGAUUCAGGGCUCUAUUACUGCAGCUUCAUGCAGAGUGACCACUUGAUCUUUAGCAGCACAACAGAGCUGCAAAUCAGAGUGAGUCCCGAAACACUUCCUAAGAGCUCAGACGAGGCAGAAGACUGUGCUUGUUGCGAGGUCUUAUUCAAGGUAAUUCUAGUCUUUGGUGCAGUGACUGUUGUUCUGCUCAGUGUCCUGGUCUUCGUCAUAGUGAAGAGCAGAAAAAGAAGCACAGGCGUUACUACUCAAGCUCAAGAAAAUGAGGAGCAAGACAGGGACUCUGUGAACUAUGCUGCUCUACAGUUCUCCAAUAAGAAGAACAAAAAGACAGGAAGACAUGCUGAUAUGAAUGCAGAUCCACAUAUUGUAUACUCUUCUAUCAGACAACAACUUGGCAGACAAUAGCUUUUGGUAGAGAUUUUUUUUUUUUUUUUUUUUUUAGGACUUUUUUCAACUGAUGUUGGAGGAUGUUUCAAGUGAUGUUUCUAAAUGGAAAUAGGUUGGGAACCCAACUGAGAGCAAACAUGAAAUUCUUCUCCAGACUUUAAUGCACAUGUUCAAUGUAUUUGUUUGACAUAUCAGUAAAAAUACAACAUAAAAUAUAGAUUGUGCCAUAACCUUGAUGUUCUGUUUUUCCCUGAUAUAUUAACUUCAUCAAAUAAACAGUCAUUGUGUAUUAA